AUGGCGCCGCUCCGAAGAUAUCUCCGAAUCACCAAACACUCGGUCAUCGAAGUGCGCAUCUAUCUAGAUCGGCCAGCCGAUGCAGAUGCAUGGCUACUGAAGCGCGACGACCCAGCACUGCCACGCGUCAUCCAAGCAGUGCGACCGCUGGUGUUGCCCAAACUCCGAGAGGAAAACGAAAGAGGCAAGGGACGGGGUGGUGCCAAAGCAAAGAAGAAGGGAGUCAAGGAUGUGGUGAUUGAAGAUGACUUUGAAGUUUCAAUCUUCUUGACGGAGCUUUCAUCCCGACACUCCAUUCUCACAAAGCAAAAGAUCUUCAAGGACAAGGCCCGCAUUCAGAGCAACUCGGGCAAACUCACGGGAUGGCUAACAUCCGGGACAAGUGAUCAGCCGGUUGUAAUCAAUGAAGAUGCAGCAGAGCCAAUCGCAAUAAGGCAAGAGGACAGCGGUGCAGUUAAUCUUUUUGAUAUUCCCGAGGCCAAGACAGCGAGAAAGCAACACAGCGAGGCUAGCGAUAGCGAGACAUCCGACCUGUUUGUGUCCGAACAAGCCAGCAUUACAGGAAAUACAGCGCAAGACCAGGAUGAGGGUCAACGAGGAGAUGAGACUAAGAAACUCGGCCUCCGGACAUGCUACGAUGGAUUUAGCAUCUAUGGUCGCAUUCUGUGUUUGGUGGUCAAGCGGCGUAGGGCCCGAAAUGCGGCGCCUGCAAGCGGUGCAGCAUCUGAUAGCCAGGCCAUGCUCGAGAACUGGGUCUCGACGCAAGCUAUAGCUGGCCAGCAAGAUGAAGACGACGACGCCCUAUAG